UGUAUCUAUCUCUCUUCCAGGACCCUGUACUGUGCCAAGGGGAACUACGACUUCGGCAUCACCCGUGUCAUCAAGAGUCUGGAACCGUACAACAAGAAGCUGGGAACAGACACCUGGUUCUAUGCUAAGCGCUGUUUCCUGUCUCUGCUGGAGAACACGGCCAAACACAUGAUCAUGAUCAGGGACUCAGUUGUUCAGGAGUGUAUUCAGUUCCUGGAGCACUGUGAAGUGUACGGUAAGACAGAGCCAGCCAUGAUAGAACAGCCACUGAGGAGGACAGAUGCACAUCGGAAAGAACACUGUCACCUACGAGUCUCGCCUCUCAAAGCUCUUUCUAUGAGGUCAUCGGAUGGAACCAGUGAUGUCAUACCAGAACGGAACAGAGCCUGUGAUGUCAUCGGACAGAACCCGCUGAUGUCACCGGACAGAACCAGUUUCCACUAA